AUGUUCGGAAACCAUGCCAAUAAAGAAGACGAAAAAGAGACUCACCAUUCCGUGGUGGACCGAGGAGCUCGCCGAGAUGAAGAAGCGCGUAGCCACCAGCAGACGCAGGAUCAGGAACGCAGCGCCGGUGCGGAGAGCGUUGGUCGUCAGCCUGUACCUGGAACUAAAAGAAAAUUAUAUGAAGGCGGUCAAAAAUGCACAGACGGAGAGCUGGAAGGAGUUUUGCGGGAAGCAGAGCAGGGAGGGGGUCUGGGAGGGAAUCUACCGGGUAAUGAGGAUGACAGAAAAAAGAGAAGAAGAUGUGCUCCUGCACAAAGAAGAUCGAGUUCUGGAUGCGGGGGUUCGGUGGAAUUACUGGCCGAAACAUUUUACCCGGAGGAUCGUGAGGACGACGACGACUCAGACCAUUGCCGAACUCGACAACUGGCAAAAUUAGUAAACGCGUGUGGUGAUGGUGAGCAGCAUGACCCACCGUUUACCUUAAGCGAGCUCCAGAGGUCGAUAUCGUCGUUCAACCCGAAGAAAGCACCGGGAGCCGACGGCUUCACCGCAGACAUUUGCUCUCGGGCCAUAAAUUGCAACCCUGGCUACUUCUUGUCACUCAUAAAUCGAUGCUUGGCCUACCACCACUUCCCGAAAACCUGGAAGGAGGCAACGGUGGUUGUGCUGAGAAAGCCAGGCAAAGACAAGUAUACCGUACCCAAGUCUUACAGGCCGAUUGGGCUCCUGCCUGUCUUGGGAAAAGUAUUCGAAAAGAUGCUGGUUGCUCGUCUUAAGUUCCACCUAUUGCCGAGGAUUAGUACUCGCCAAUACGGAUUCAGGCCCCAAAGAAGCACUAAGGACUCCCUCUUCACCUUAGUGAAGAAUAUCCGCGCCAAGCUGGAGAGCUCGAUUGGUGGUCCCAUCCUGUGGAACCUUCUUCUGGACCCGCUCUUGAAGCAGCUGGAGGCUAGAGGCGAUUACUGCCAAGCCUUCGCGGACGAUGUGGUGAUGCUAUUCGACGGUGGCACAGCCUUGGAGAUAGAGCAACAGGCCAAUGCCGCUCUCGAGCAUGUGCGCGCGUGGGGUGUCAAAAAUAAGCUCAAAUUUGCGCCACACAAAACCAGUGCCAUGGUGAUUACACGCAAGCUAAAGUAUGACACUCCUCGCCUGGCCAUGGGCGGGAUCGACAUUGGAAUGUCGAAGGAAGUGAAGAUACUGGGACUGACGAUAGACGCAGGCCUCACCUUCAACUCUCACGUUGCCGGCGCAUGUAAAAAAGCAAUUGCUAUUUACAAGCACCUUGCCAGAUCUGCACGUGUGAGUUGGGGACUGCACCCAGAGGUCGUGCGUUCGAUCUACACCGCCGUUGUCGAACCUAUAGUGCUGUACGCCGCGAGUGCAUGGGCGCCAGCCGUGAACAAACUGGGGAUAAGAAAACAGCUGAACGUGGUACAAAGAGGCUUCGCUCAAAAGCUCUGCAGAGCCCAUCGCACGGUCUCCCUGCACUCGGCCCUCUUGCUGGCGGGGAUACUCCCCUCGAUCUUCGAGUGCGUGAAGCUGCUUCACUCCGAACAGACAACUGUAGAGUUCAGUAGCCUGGUAGACGAGGAACAAUAUAAUAACCACGCCUUUAAUUACGACGUGAGAAUCUUCACGGACGGCAGCAAAAUCGAGGGCAAAGUCGGCGCGGCGCUAUCUUUGUGGGAUAGUGCCACCGAAAUUAAGUCGAAAAAACUUGUACUGCCGUCCUACUGCACCGUGUACCAGGCGGAACUGUUGGCACUACAGAGAGCAGCUGGGGAGGCGCUCAACAGCGAAAAAACCACGUUCGGCAUAUUCAGUGACUCGAUGGCGGCGCUGCAAACUGUCGCCAACCCUACCUCCCCCCAUCCUCUGGCAGUGGAAGCAAGAAAUGCUCUCCGCCACUGCGCCUCCCAGAAUAAGAGAGUUUCCUUGUUCUGGAUAAAAGCCCACGCAGGUUUGGAGGGAAAUGAAAGGGCCGACUACCUGGCGAAGGAAGCAGCGCUGCGAUCAAAGAGGAGGCCGGAUUAUGACCGAUGCCCCGUCUCAUUCGUCAGAGGGAGAAUCCGUAUGGACACGAUCAGCGAGUGGGACGCGAGGUAUAAAUCCGGUGACACCGCCUCAAUCACAAAGUUAUUCUUCCCCAGUGCAGCCGCGGCGUAUAGCACUGUAAGGAAAAUUGAGACCAGCAGCAUCACCACCCAGCUGUUCACCGGGCACGGUGGAUUCUCCGAAUACUUGUACCGUUUCAAGCUUCGGGGGAAUCCAUCGUGUCCCUGCGACUCCACCGUGGAGGAGACUGUCCCGCACGUGAUAUUCGCGUGUCCAGUGUAUGCGCGUGCCAGACAUGAGGUCGAACAGCGCCUGGAAGGAGAAAAGUUUGUCCCACAAGACAUUCACAAGCAUAUUAAGAAGGCCAAGACAAGAAAUGUAGUACUUGACUUCUGUAAACAUGUAGUCAGUCAAGUAAUAGCAAAAAACAAAUCAUAG